CCAUCCUCCUCCGCCUCGCCCCUGCCCACCGCCCCCAGUCGCCGGAGCCGCCGAGCGCUCCCCAUCGUCUCUCCAUCCUCUUCCGUCCUUCCCGCCGCAACUCCGCCAGCUCCGGAGGAGGCAGAAGCGGAGCGAGGGGCGGGCGCCGGGGCCGCUGCCCGCUUCCCGGUGCGGGCAUCGCCGGGGGAGCGCGGAGCGCGGAGCGGAGCCCGGCGCCGCCUCCAUGUUCCAGCUGCCCAUCCUCAAUUUCAGCCCGCAGCAGGUGGCCGGGGUCUGCGAGACCCUGGAGGAGAGCGGGGACAUCGAGCGCCUGGGGCGCUUCCUCUGGUCCCUGCCCGUGGCCCCUGCCGCCUGCGAGGCCCUCAACAAGAACGAGUCGGUGCUGAGAGCCCGGGCCAUAGUGGCCUUCCACACGGGGAACUACCGGGAGCUCUACCACAUCCUGGAGAACCACAAGUUCACCAAGGAGUCUCACGCCAAACUGCAAGCGCUCUGGCUGGAAGCGCAUUACCAGGAGGCAGAGAAGCUGCGGGGCCGACCCCUGGGGCCGGUGGACAAGUACCGGGUGAGAAAGAAGUUCCCUCUGCCCCGCACCAUCUGGGACGGCGAGCAGAAGACACAUUGCUUCAAGGAGCGGACGAGGCAUUUGCUGCGGGAGUGGUACCUGCAGGACCCUUAUCCCAACCCCAGCAAAAAGCGGGAACUGGCUCAGGCCACCGGACUUACCCCCACGCAAGUGGGCAACUGGUUCAAAAACCGCAGGCAAAGGGACAGGGCGGCAGCCGCUAAGAACAGGCUGCAGCAGCAGGUCCUAACGCAGGGCUCGGUGCGCUCGCUGCAAGCGGAGGAGGAAAGCGGCGGGGAAGCGGGGGGGGCAGCCUCCAGCCCCGCAGCCAGCCUCUCCAGCAAAGCGGCCACCUCCGCCAUCUCCAUCACAUCCAGCGACAGUGAAUGUGACAUCUGACCCACCGCCACGGCAAUCCGCGGGCUGCGGGGAUGGGGGGGCAGCUAAGCGGUGCCCUCCGACACGGCCGGAGCAGCCGGGCUUACCACCAC